AUGGUAUUUAGCAUGCCUACUAAUGUUAUUAUAUUUUUGUUGUUCUUCUCAAUGGAUCAAGUUACCACUCCUACCGCUCCAAAUUUUGUUGCUCAUAUUAACUAUAUCCCUAUGCUGAGUGGGGUGAACUUUAAGUCUUGGAAAGAAUCAGUGGAGAUCGUUCUUGAAUGCAUGGAUUUAGACUUAUCUUUGAGGGAGAAACGUCCCACCGCCGCUGCUGAGAAUCCAAAUGAAACUAAAAUAGAAAAAUGGGACCGAUCUAACCGAAUGUGCCUCAUGAUGAUCAAAAGAUCCAUACCUGAAAUGAUUAGUGGCUCGAUUGCUGAUAGUGAAAGCGCCAAAAAGUUCCUUGAAACUGUGGAAUAA